GUAGCACCCUUUUCCCUCCGAAAUCAAUGAAGCUAAUUCAGAAGCAGGAAGUAAAAUAGUUGAGAACUCGGACGGCGAACCGAGUCGGAAAUGUCGGAAUCGUCCUCAACCCUCUGCGAGCUUCUCAUCCAAUUAUCGGAGCCAAUCUCCGAAUCUCUGAGCAAAGCUCAGUGCACUCAACCAGAGGGCACCAACGUCUCCUUGAAAGCCCUACUGGAACCUCUCCUCCCUCACAAACAACCUCCACCAAGCCCUAACUUCAACGACACUCAACUCCACUCCUCAAUCAGGGACUUCACCUUCGCCUGUGCCUUACUCUCCUCCUCUCAAUCCUUUAUCCACGACCUCCUCUCAUGGAUCCCCAAACACCUCUCGGCCGCUGCAGACUUGGCGUUUCUCAAACUUUCAAAAGCAUAUUCCAUGGCUUACAGUAAAAAGAAUAACGAGAAGAUUUCUGAAUUGGGAUUAAAUUGUGGUUCGGUUCCUGAGGAGAAGAGGUUACUGAUAGAAUUGAUGCCUGAGGUUCUUCCAUUGUUGAAGAACAGGAUUAAGGAGAGCUCCAUCGAUAAAUCGGAGGAUUGCGAUGAGGUCUCAGCGGCCUCAGCGAGAGUGCCCGUUGGCUUUGCCAUUGCGGCUGCUUAUCAGUUUAGGUGGUUUGUUACACAGAUUGAUUAUCCUCAUUUGGGAAAGUUGUCUGCUUUGGUUAUUCCUUGUGCUUUAACGGCUCUCGAUCACUGGUCCCCUGAGAUCAAAGGGCAGGGCAUGCUUAGCUUUAUACAUAUUGCGAAAAAUGUGUAUGCUGCUGAGCUUGGUUGGUAUCAAGAUGUGAUUCUUGAUGCAUGCUGCCAGAAUAUUGCUUCUAGUGAUGAGAUAUGGCAUCUUGUGGUGGAGAUGUCCGUACUUAUUGUGACUUGUACCCAGCAAAGUAAUCCUCGUAGUGCAUGGUUUGAUAGGAUGCUAAAGGAGAUGUUAAGUCACUUGGAGCGCCAACCUAGGAACAAGGAGCGCCGUGUUGCAUGGCUUCGUCAUAUAGAGCCACUUUUUAAUGGUGUUGGUCUGGUGUUACUAGCUCAUUUCAGGCGCAUUUUCCCUCUUUUCUUUCAGUGGAUGCAUGCUGAUGAUGACGAGACUGUUUUACUGGUUCUCAAACAGAUUGAAACAAUUAUAAAGCUAACGUGGAUUAGGAACACACAGUAUGUGGAAAGGUUGGUGGAUGAACUUGCUGCUUUGUACAAGGAAGCAGCAUUGAAAAGGUCUCGUGAAGAAAUUAGAAAUCUUGUUAUUCGGAUACUGAUCCUGCUCCACCAAUGCAAAGGAAUGCAGUUUGAAACAGUCUGGGACAAGCACAGAGAUGAUCCAAACUUGGCAAGCAUUGUUCCCUCUUUGGGUGAAACAAAAACAACAAUGGUUGCCCAAUGAUCAUGCGGGAGAAAAGUUUAGUCUUGUUGUGUACAGAAGGAGAUGACUUGCAGAUGUGAAUACGACUCUUGAUAACAUACAACAUUGUCUAUAUUGGCAGUUAGAUUGUAUUUGAAUAUGACCCCUGAAUUUCUCCCCAUUUUAAUCGUCACUUGAUCACUUGUAGCAAUGUGCUUCAUCAAAUUACCUCUAACCUAUUCUCUUUUA